AUGUCAGCACCAGGGUCUAUGGGGGUUUUCUUCUGCUUUGCAGCGAUGACGCUGCUCAUUUUUGUGUCCGUGUCAGUACCGACAUGGGACAGUGUCUACUUCCUCGUCGUUGGAAGAGGCGUUUCUCAGAUUCGAUACGGAGUGUUCGGAUUCACGGGUAGUGAAGUUGCGAUUGGAUAUGAGUUCACAAAUGACAGUCUAAACUCGACCGUCCUGCACAAUCUUACCCAAGCACUCAUCCUACAUCCCAUCGCUGCAGGCCUAGCUGGAAUCGCUUUCUUCUUCGGCAUAUGCGGCGUCGCUGCUCGUAGUCGCAUCGGGACCAUCUUCAUGUCCCUCGUCUCCGGCCUUGCCCUCAUCGCGACCUUCGUCGCUUUCGUUAUCGACAUGGUCCUCUUCGGCAUUGCGCGUAAUCGGUACCGCGACGACAAUAUCUAUGCCCAGUACGGAAACGCCAACUGGCUAACCCUCGGUGCGCUCGUGGCUCUCCUGAUGGGCUUCUGCACGGCCGUCUGUGGUAUCUUCGGACGCUACAAAUCAAGGAGGGACACUGCCUACUGA